AUGUCAUCGGCACGACCAUUCCAGCGCAGGAGGGAUCCACCAUGGGAUCUAGACGGAAUCAACCAUGGCCCCUCGAGCAAUGCCAUCUUACUCCAGUGGAUCUCCACCGAAGACAACUACCGCCGAUGGGACCGUACGACUUUUGACCCAACCGAACGGCUGAAUAUCUGCGAGGAGAUUGUUCGGCACAUGCAAAUGCAGGGAAUAGCCCAUCGACACGCCAGGGGCAUCAACACCCGCAUUCAAAUAUUGCGACGGUCUUACAACACCGCACGUGAAUUUGUCAAUCAUGCCAGAGGGAAUACCAAUGAGAUCGCCCCCGUCAUUCUAGGAUAUGCCCAGAGGGUUUGCCCAUAUUGGGAUCUCCUGGACCCCGUGAUGGGGGGGCAACACCCCCAAUCCCAUCAAGCCUACACAUUGGCCGACAGCGAGACGUCCUCAGACACCGAAUCAACCAACACCAUAUGA